AUUCUUCAACAAUAACCAACUCUCACAGGCCUAUUUGACGACGACAAUAUGUCUAACAAUGACCUGCUGAAAUGGGUCACCAGCGAAGUUGACUUUUACGACUUGUUAGGUAUUGCGUUCGAGAACUGCUCAGAGUCAGAGCUUCGUCGCGCAUAUCGAAAGACAGCACUCAAAUACCACCCUGACAAAGUUGGCAAGGACUUCGACCCCGACAAGUAUGAGUUGUUCCAGGCUGCGAACGAUAUCCUGAGUGAUCCGGAAUUGAAAGCCAAAUAUGACAAUCACCGCCAGGCCAAGAUCCAAAGGCAGAGGGCGAACGAACUCUUCGAAGGCAAACGCCGACAGAUGAAGGAGGACCUUGAGGCUCGAGAAAAAGGAGUCAAGCGACCAAGAGAAGAAGAUACACAGGCACAAGAGCUCAGGAAACUAGCAGAAGAAGGAAGGAAGAGGAGGGCUGCGAGACAAUCCAUGAUGGCGGAAAGUGUUGCCUCUUCAUCACCCGCACCAGCUCCUCAAAAACCGUCACCAGAAGAAGCACCGAAGGAAGCGCCUGCGGAGCCUUCUGAGCAACCAGGUGAAGACGAAGUAGAGAGACUAGAACGUCUGAUACGAGAGAAGGAGGAGGCUAAGGCAAAGCGAAAAGCAGGGAAGAAAGCUAGGAAGAGUGGUGUCUUUACUCCCGUUGACUCGCCAUCAGUAUCAAGUCAUGGUGGAGAGGCGGGGCCAAAAGUGGCAGACCAGGAUACUUUUACACCCAUCAAACGUCCUGACAUCUUCAGAGGAUUGAAAGCUGACGAUAAGUCUUCAGCAUCACCGAAGUUCUCCUUCUCUCCAGCAAUUCCUACGCCGAAGAAGAACGACUUUGCGGCUACAAUGGCUAGGCUGAGGGAAGCGGAGAAACAGAGAGAGGAAGCAAAAAUACGACUACAAGAGUCUAAUGGAGUUUGAGCCCAAUCACGAAUCACGAAUUACUGGCAUCAGCAUCGGCGUUGAGGAGAUAUCCCAGGAGUUGAUUUGCUAUACCCCAUCUUAUUGUACAGAAUACAGACGCACUUAUAAGUGCUAUAUGCAGAACUUUGAAUACCGAACCUUCGGAUAUGACUU